AUGGCAAUGGCUGUCGACAACCGCCAGCAGGUCCCUGGCCUGUCUUACGACCACUUGCGCUACCCCGCGCCGCAUUUCACCAACCCAUGGGUAUCCGGCCCUGCGCCGAGCCACAUGUAUGCUACAUCGUUGCCUCAGCCUUCGAUGGUCAGCGAUCCCGGCGCACAUCACUUGGUGGCAAGAGCCCCCAGUGUUAGUGUAUCUAUGCCCAUGCACUCAAGUGCCAUGCCGGCUCCUACUCUGGCUUCAGACCAAGACGGUCUCAGUGCUCCUCGCCCCUAUGGUUCGACCUAUGUGACCUCUGGUCCCUCGUCUGGCGCCCUGUACGCCCCUACUUCUGCCCCUCACUACGCUCGCGAGUACCCCAACACCACAUCAUAUGCCACCUACAACCAGGAUCGUCGCUCCUCGCACCCGUCAGUAGCCUCCACCAGUUUCCUUGGAAACCCUGUGCUCGCCCAGAAGCACCGCCAGAGCAGUUUAAUUGACAUCAACAGACUGAGCGCUUCCAACGAGACUGAACAGCGCAACAGCUUCAGUGAUGCCCUCGACGCCAGCAGAGGCAUGGUUGCCAUGAGCCAGGAUAUCACUCCAAGAAACAUCUAUGGGAACCAGGGCUCGAGCAGAAGCUCAUCUGACUCAUAUGGCUUCCCCUCAACACAUUCCGCCCACUCUUCAAUUUCGUCAGCCAGCACCUACCCAUCCUCAUACUAUGGCUCCGUCAGCGAGGCUUCAUAUGGUGACUACAGCUCGGCCAGCGAGUCUGUCGACACAUCAUCUCGCACAUUGCCUCGUCCCACUGGUCUUGCAGGUGGCGUUGCUUUGCCUCCUGCACCUCAAUCCAUGAUGGGCCAGUUCAGCUCAAAGGUUUCUUCGAGCUCGCAGAAGAAGCACAAGUGCAAGAUUUGCGACAAGCGCUUCACUCGUCCCAGCUCUCUCCAGACCCACAUGUACAGCCACACUGGCGAAAAGCCGUUUGCUUGCGACGUUGAGGGAUGUGGUCGCCACUUCUCGGUCGUUUCCAACCUCAGACGCCACCGUAAGGUGCACAAGGGCGAGGACUCGCACGCCUCUCCCGAUGACGAGUAA